AUGCCAGAUGCAAGGGAACAUAAGCAGGAAAAACAAGAUGCCGCAGAACUUCAUCCUAGAAGUGGAGAUUUUCGAUGUCUGGGUAUCGACUUCAUGGGGCCAUUUCCAUCAUCGUAUGGCAAUGAGUAUAUUCUGGUGGCAGUUGACUAUGUGUCAAAGUGGGUCGAAGAUUUGGCUAGCCCUACAAAUGACGCAAAUGUGGUUUUGAAGAUGUUCAAAUCUGUCAUAUUCCCAAGGUUUGGUGUGCCUCGAGUUGUGAUCAGCGAUGGAGAAGAAUGGUGUAAAGCACAAGGUGGUGACUUCAUACCAUCCUCAGCGAGUGGGCAUGUCGAGAUUUCCAACAGGGAGAUCAAAAACAUUUUGCAGAAAACUGUAAGCACCACAAGGAAAUAUUGGUCUGUGAAGCUUGAUGAUGCUCUUUGGACAUAUACGACAGCUUACAAGACACCUUUGGGGACCACACCAUUUCACUUGGUGUAUGGAAAAGCAUGUCAUCUCCCAGUGGAACUUGAGUAUGAUGUCGGUGUUGUGAGGGUGUCAAAGUACAAAGCUGCUUGGACAGUGAAGGUGCUGAAUUUCGAUGUUAGAAGUGCUCCUGAGAGGAAAGUGAUGCAGCUGCACGAGUUGGAGGAAAUUAGGCACCUGGUCUAUGAAAACUCGAAAAUCUACAAGGAUAAAACUAAAGCUUUCCAUGACAAGAGGAUUCUCAACAGGAGUUUUGCACCAAACGAUCAAAUAGAGCUAGCAAAACGCCUUGUGGCAAGUUCUUUCGCAGACCGUGUAUUCUUCUGUAACUCUGGAACAGAAGCCAACGAAGCAGCCAUCAAGUUCUCGAGAAAGUUCCAAAGAUUCACCCAUCCUGAAGACAAAGGAGUCGCGACAGGCUUCAUCGCCUUUACAAAUAGUUUCCAUGGUAGAACCUUAGGAGCUCUUGCCCUGACAAGCAAAGAACAGUACAGAACUCCUUUCGAACCCAUCAUGCCAGGCGUAACAUUCGUGGAAUACGGUAACAUUCAAGCCGCCACAGAUCUUAUCCGCUCGGGUAAAAUAGCUGCUGUGUUUGUGGAGCCUCUUCAAGGAGAAGGCGGGGUUUACUCUGCUACAAAAGAGUUUCUCCAGUCUCUUCGCUCUGCUUGUGAUGCUGCAGGGUCUCUUCUCGUCUUCGAUGAGGUUCAGUGUGGUUUGGGUCGAACGGGUAACCUUUGGGCAUAUGAAGCAUUCGGUGUAACUCCUGACAUAAUGACGGUUGCAAAACCUUUAGCCGGUGGUUUACCAAUUGGAGCGGUGCUUGUUACUGAAAAGGUUGCUGAGACCAUCAAAUAUGGAGAUCAUGGAAGCACAUUUGCAGGGAACCCUCUUGUGUGCAGUGCAGCCAUCGCUGUACUUGAUAAAGUAUCCAAACCGUCUUUCUUGUCCAGUGUCUCAAGCAAAGGUCUAUACUUUAAGGAUCUGUUGGUGAAGAAAUUAGGAGGAAACUCGCACGUGAAGGAAGUGAGAGGAGAAGGGCUUAUCAUAGGAGUGGAGCUCGAUGUGCCGGCAAAUCCAUUGGUCGAUGCUUGCCGUGAUUCUGGUCUUCUGAUCUUGACGGCAGGGAAAGGGAAUGUCGUUAGGAUUGUUCCGCCUUUGAUUAUAUCGGAGGAGGAAAUCGAACGUGCGGUUGAGAUUGUGUCCCACAAUUUAACUGCUCUUGAUUGA